AUGGCUGACUCCGGGGACAUUGACGAUGAUCUUUUCGCGGACCUCUAUGACGCCGAUGAUUCUACCAACCGUGCUACUUCUGCGGUAGAGGCUCCAAAGCCUGCUGCACAGCAAGUUCCAGACUCGGUCCCGGUGCAACCGCCUGCUCAAGAGACCGUCGCUCCCAGCUACAAUACUUCGUCGAUGGACGCACACCAGAAUCACUCCGCCCCUCAGCAAGACUAUUACUCUGGAGGUCACAAUGGAGUGGACCACAACCAGUCUCAUGGUCAUCACCAUGCCGGGACGCCUCACGCUGAUCACGAUGAUCACAAGGUCGGAACAGGAAUCAAAGAAGAUGGGUAA